UUUUAACACGUUAAGCCCCAUGUGUACCACACUGGCACACACUCUAGUUUUAUCUGGGACCGUGUGUACCUAUCAGGCCACAGCGAAGUGUCGUGUUCCUAAUGCCGUGGCUCGUCGAGGAUCGCAUUUGCCGUGCUUUCUUAUGUAUAAAUGUGUGUAAACGGUCUGUGGUAAACAAAAUCAGAGGUUGGUCCGUUAAACCACGUGUUCACAAACAGGUUAGGUUAUAAUUUCUAACAUGCUUCAGUCAGUAUCGGUUCGAACGUCUAACGAGGCUAACACUAUUUUCUCUUCAGUUUUUUGUUAAAAAGUGGAACUAAAAAAUAAGAUAAUGUUCCGUAAAGGACUAUCGGAAGACGAACUUCGCAGACUUGCUGAGGAGAGUGACUUUAGUGAUAGUAGUAUGUCUGAAAGUACGUUUUAUGAUUCUGAUGCCGAUCCAGUGUACAAUGAAAAUGUUACUGAUGGUUCUUCAGACUCAUACAGUAGUGAAUAUGAGUCUCGUAGAAAAAAAGCUAAAAUUUGCAAACAAACACAAAAUUGCAAAGAAUUUACUGCAGGUUCUAGUUCUAACCAAAAGGAGGCUGAUACAAGAAGGAUAGGUAAAUUAUUUAAGAAUGCACAAAUUCGGUUUGUACUUUACUUUUUUUUUUGCUUUGUAGAAAAAGCUGAAUCUGCAAACGUUAGCCUGGAAGCUGUUAUUGACGAUGUAUCAAGAAAUAAAAUAACUGCAGGUCCUAGUUGUAUCCAAAAGGAGGCUGAUACAAGAAGGAUAGAAAAAGCUGAAUCUGCAAACGUUAGCCUGGAAGCUGUUAUUGACGAUGUUGUAUCAAGAAAUAAAAUAACAUGGAGCGAUGUGCCAAAUCCAGAUGAUCUCAAUAAGUUCGAACUAUCAUUUACUUCAGGAAUAAAUCAGGAAGAACUCGCAAAACUUACAGACCACAAACCAAUAGAUUUCUACCUACUGUUUAUCGACCGUCAAGUGCAAGAUUUGUUGGUUACUGAAACUAAUAAAUACGCCGAACAAACCAUAAUCGCUGGUAUUGUAAAUGAGUCAAUAACGAAACAUUCGCUUAUGAGUAACUGGAGACCAAUUGACAGAAAAGAAUUGCUUCGAUUUUUGGCUCUCAUUAUUUGGAUGGGGUUAGACAGAAAACCGAAACUCAGAAAUUAUUGGAGUAACAAUUUACUUUACAAAAAUGAAGUUUCUAAAAUGUGUGAAAUAAGUAGAAGUCGAUUUGAAAUAUUAUUACACUUCUUUCACAUUUCAGAUAACGAGAGCUGCCCACCUGGAAACAGACUCUACAAAAUUUCUCCUCUUGUACAAAUACUAAAUGAAAAGUUUCAGAAAAUGUGUACUCCUAGAGAAUCGUUAUGUAUUGACGAAACUAUGGUGCCAUUUCGUGGUAGACUUAGUUUUUUGCAAUACAUUCCUGGAAAAAGACACAAAUAUGGAGUCAAAUUGUUUAAACUUUGCGUCGCAGAUGGAUAUACGUACGCCGUUAAAGUGUACGGUGGAAAAGAGAUGCAACCAUCUGAAAAGUCGUUAGCAUCCAGAGUGGUGAUGGAACUUAUGCAACCGCUUCUAGAUACAGGCAGAAGUUUAUAUACUGAUAAUUUUUAUACGAGUGUUGACUUGGCUCAUGAUUUAAAUAAUAGGAAAACCCAUUUAGUCGGAACAUUACGUUCCAAUAGGAAACAUAAUCCCAAAGCGGUAGUCAAUGCAAAAUUAAAAAGAGGUGACAUGAAGUAUCUACAGAGUAAUACAAAAGUUGUUAUCGGAAAAUGGAAAGAUAAACGGGACGUUUUGUUUUUAACGACCAAGGAUAUUCCUUUGAUGAUAGAUGUUCAAACAAAACGUGGACCUGUUCCCAAACCAUCGACCAUUGUUGACUAUAAUUCUGCAAAAUCUUUUAUCGAUGUGUCGGAUCAAAAGGCUGCAUAUAAUUCCCCUGUUCGACGAAGUAUGAAGUGAUAUCGUAAAUUGGCUGUGGAAUUACUAACAAAUACCGCACUUGUGAACUCUUUAGUUCUCUACAAAUCUGUUACUGGCAAACAUCUCUCAAUUACUGAGUUCCGUGAACAAAUUGUUCAAAGUCUUUUAAUGCCUCAAACAACUUCUGAAAACUCUUUAACAACUUCUGAAAACUCUUUAACAACUCUGCAUACGUUGGACGAGAAAGAGAAAAGGGGAAGGUGUUCAGCAUGUUACAAGAACUUUUCGAACCGUGAAGGAAGAGCAUCAGCGAUGAAGAAUGCCAAAAGGGUAUACACUUUUUGUCCGGCAUGUGCCGUUAAUACCGCAUAUAUGUGUGUUAAGUGUUUUGUGAAUAUUCAUACAUGUUCUUUGAAAAAAUAAAUUGUUUUUGUAUUUUUAAACUUAAAAUAUCUUAGGGAGAAGGUAUUUGAUUAUCUUCCUGGUGUGAGCCAAUAUGGCACACAUGGUCCACAUUAAAACAAAUUACAAAAAUAAUUAUAAAUAGACCGUGUGUACCCUGUUGGUACAUGCUGUUUUUUUACUUAAAAAAUGUAUUUUGUUUUUAUUUUAGAAUAGAAAUAAAUAGUUAUACACAUUCUUAUUUCAAAAUUAUUAAAAAAAUGUUCCGGUCUGACAGAAAAAUUAUGUCAUGAUGGUCCGGGGCUUAACGU